AUGGUGGCGCGCAAAACUUCUCUACCAUAUCCCGCCAGUCCCCCUUCGCAGCCAGUCCCUCCUCAUACCCAUGAUUCCCACUUCAGCCUGAUUCCCGAUUCGGCCGAUCUUCCUCCUGUACCUCCGACCCCACAAAGGGCUCUUAAUUUCCAAGAUGCAGACAAUCCUUGGUCCGACAUACCCGCCAAAGCACUGAGAUCAGAUAGACCCUUGCCGGACAUUCUGAAGCCAGGACAAGGCCGCCACCAUGAAGAUGCGGCAAUCCCUCCCGGAGGCCACAACUCUUCUUUGGCCAAUAUUCCUCACAUUCUUCGGGCAGGUCAGUCGCAAGAGAAUACGCCCCGAUCUUCUUUGGACAGUCAACGAUCGAAGGACUUCUGGGACGAUUCUGAUGAGGAUCAAGAAGAGGGCAUGAAAAGUCCUCCAAAGCCGGCCAUGGCGCUGCCCGAAGCUGAUAGCAGUCAUGAUUCCUGGGUCAAUGUAGAGCCCCCUCAGAACUCUCCUGGAAUCAAGAGGAAACCUGUCGGUAGUGGCCUAUCGCCUCAAGUGUCAGUACCAGAUCUGUCCAAUACCCCAAGUUUUGCCUCCAAUAAUCCCUUCAGGCGCCCUUCCCAGCAAGCUCCUGAUGAUGGGAGCUCUGAUACUCCACACUGGGGCCAGGAAGCACCUCAGCCAGGAAAGGGAAAAGAACCAGACAGAGGAUACGCCCCACCUCCGACAGGCCAGUUCCAAGAACUGACUAUUGGAACCAGUAUGGUGCCUGGGUUGUCGUCCUACAACGCGCCAUCCGUUUCUCACCCUGCAGCGGAAGAUUGGGCCAAAGAAACCCAGAUAGUGCCUCCCCCAAUGCCACAAGCUCCCCCGCCUCCCCCGCCAACAGCAGAGCCUCUUUCACCUGCCAGCCAACAACCUCCUCUGAUACCAGUUUCGCCGCAGCGUGAUUCAAAUGAAAAUCCUUGGGCUUCGAAUCGACAUCUGGAAGCUCCCACACCGUCGCCCCUCCCCGCGUCCCCUUCUCAGAAGCACGUUUCGAGCCAUAAUGACGAUUUAUUGGAUCACGGACAGCAAACUGGGAUCGUAUCGUUGAAGAAAGAAUCAGAAACGUUACCAAGCGCUGCUGAGACAGGAGUGGCCUUACACGAUGAACCUUCUUUGUUGGAUGACGACGAUGAUGUUGGACCGCCUCUCCCGGUCAGACCGGCCCAACGUACCGGUACGGAAUACUUUGAACCUCCAGAAGGACCACCUCCACCCAAACCACCCAGACCGACCAUUAAGACCAGCAUCCCUUCCGAUGAAGAAGUUGCAAAGAUGAUUGAGCAGAGGAACGAGACGUACCAAGUGAAACAUUUCAACUGGUUUGAUCAUCAUUCGCGAAAACUGCGCAGAUCGGCCAUGUUGACCCAGAAUAUGAACGGGCCUUGCCCUCUGCUUGCUUUGGUCAACGCCUUGAUCUUAGGGGCAAAAGAUGAGUCCCAGGCUGCGCUCGACGAAGCCCUUCGUUCUCGAGAGCAAGUAACGCUGGGGCUGAUCAUUGAAACGUUGAUGGACGAACUCCUUUCGAGAGGGUAUGAAGCGGUUGGAGAAAUCCUGCCUGAUGUGGAUGAGCUGAACAGCUUCUUGAUGCGGCUACGAACGGGAAUGAACGCCAACCCGAGAUUUGUUCCACCAUCCACCCCUCCACCAAAUUUGAUGGAUGCUGAUGAUUCCAUGCUCAACGUUCCCCAACAUGAGAGAGCACGACAUAAACUAGGAACAUUCGAGACAACGACCGACAUGAAACUAUAUGGGGCCUUCUCGGUACCUUUGGUUCAUGGUUGGCUCCCAGAAGCUGGGUCAGAUGCCGCCAAGGCGUUUGCUCGGUCCGCUCCCACUUAUGAAGAUGCUCAGGCCUUGCAAUUCGGCGAGGAGGAAUUAGAAUACAAGCUGAUGAAUCAAGGCCUAUCGGCAGCAGAACAGAACAUGUGGGAAGACAUCACCUCCAUCAAGAACUUCUUGAAAAGUUAUCCGACACAACUGACGCCCACGGGAUUAGAAGCCAUUCAAGACUCGAUAUCAUCAGGCUCUUUUGCCAUCUUGUUCCGAAACGAUCAUUUCAGCACCAUCUACAAACACCCUGAAAGUGGUCAACUGUUCACGUUGAUCACCGACGCCGGAUAUGCAGAUCGAGACGAGAUCAUUUGGGAAAGUCUUGUCGACAUUAGUGGCAGACAUAACGAAUUCUUUUCAGGAGACUUCAUGCCAGUCAGUCAUCAUGACGUCGGGGGCGAAUCGUCGACGCACCCCGCGGAUCGACGUUCAUCACAAUUUUUGACCGUCAAUCACCCCACUGGAGCGACGCCUUUGUCGCCGCAAGAACAACAGGAGCAACAUGACGCUGAUUUUGCCAUGGCAUUGCAACUGCAAGAAGAAGAAGAGCAACGACAGCGCGCGGAAAGAAAUCGGAGACGGAGUGGUGGCAAUCCUGUCACCAGCAGUGGUAAUCAGAGGCGGUCGACAGGAAACAUUCCGAUCCCCCUUCGACCACAAACAGAAGUUCGACCUUCAAUCCCUCCACGUACAUCACAUGCCCCCAAUCCCGGAGUCAGUCGACCGGCAGACGCCAGUGUUGAAGACGCUCCACCAGCAUACGAAGAAGCCGCGAAAGGAAGGCCAUAUAUUCCUCCACUUGGGAGCCCUCUUCAUCCCUCUGCAGAGCCCAGUCCCAUGAACUCAAAUACUCAGCUAACAGGCACAAUCAGCAACACGUCGGCUUCGGGGCUGGAUGUCCAUCCGCCCGGUCCCAAUGUUGGGAUGGGGAGAAGACAGCCCGGAAGACGGAUGAGCGCAUACAAUGAGACAGCUCAGUACCAUUCUCCGCAAAGGACACAUGGGUUGAACGUAGUUCAAGGGCUUGGAUCAUCGUCAAGACCAGGGAACAUGCAACGACAGGACAGGGACUCGUGUAUUGUAAUGUGA